AUGGUUCGUUACGCCGCCGCCGCGCUUGCCACCAACCCCGAAAAAACCGCCCGUGCCCGUGGCGAGUACCUCCGCACGCACUUCAAGAACAUGCGCGAAGUUGCUGCUGCCCUUUCUGGUCUUAAGUUGACCAAGGCUUACGCCUACCUUUCGGACGUCAAGGACCACAAGCGAGUCAUCCCUUUCCGCAGGUUCUCUGGUGGUGUUGGACGGGCGAGCCAGGCCAAGGAGUUCAAGGCCACCCAAGGUCGCUGGCCCGAGAAGUCUGUUAAAUUCAUCACUCGUCUGUUGAAGAACGCCGAGUCAAAUGCCGAUGCUAAGAACAUCGAUGUUGAGGAUCUCACCAUCAAAAACAUUGUUGUGGAACAGGCUCCCAAAACCCGCCGCCGCACAUACCGCGCCCACGGUCGUAUUAACCCUUAUCAGGGCCACCCUUGCCACGUCGAGAUCAUCCUCAGCGCCAGCGAAACCGAAGUUGAGAAGGCCACCGAUGUCCCUGCCUCUGUCACCCUUGCCGGACUCAACAGACGACAGGUUGCCAGGAGACGGAUUGAGGCGGCUCGCGCUUAA